UUAUUUCGCCAUGGAAGUUAUCUGAUCCUAAAAUAUAAUGAUUUUAUCUUCCAGGAUUAGGGUGGCACACUUCAUUCUCUUUAACACCUAUCUCAAUAAUGGAGAGGGGCUGAAGGACCUCCUUCAUGAGCACGUCUUUGAAACAACGUUCUCGCUGCACGAGGAGGAGAAACAGAAAGAACUGAGGGAGAAAUGGGCGCGCUGGACAGCCUGUUUCCAGUGGCAACCCAUCGAUGAUGUGCGGAACUACCUCGGGGAGAAGGUGGCACUGUAUUUCCUGUGGCUGGGCUGGUACACCACCUUGCUGAUCCCUGCUGCUAUAUUGGGGAUGGUUGUGUUCCUGAAUGGACUAGCCUUCUUCGAUAACAACCCCGUCAUCUCAGAGGUGUGCGAUGCCAACACCAUGAUGUGCCCGCUGUGUGAUAAGAAGUGUCCUGUGUGGCAGCUCUCGGAGACCUGCACCUAUGCUAAGGUCACCCACCUAUUCGACAACGAGGGCACUGUGUUCUUCGCCAUGUUCAUGGCCGUGUGGGCCACCGUGUUCCUGGAGUUCUGGAAGCGCCAUCGAGCGGAGUACGUCUGCAAGUGGAAAGUGUUCAACUGGUGUGAGGAGGAGGAGGAGCUGAUCCUGGACGUGGUGGACAAUCCUUCCUGCCAGCCCCAGCCCUACCUGCACUCCUACCUGCGCAGCACCCUGGUCCUGAUCCUCGUCACCCUCAUGCUGGUGCUGAUCAUCGGGCUGGCGCAGGCCCUGGUGGUGUUCCGCGUGGUCGCCACGGUGCCUUGUUUCUUGGCUUUAACACAUAAUGUGCUUAUAUCUUUGUUCCAGGUGAACAGGAAAGUGGCCUUAUACCUGUGUAAUUUGGAGAAGACGCGCUCCUUCGCCGCCACGGAGACCAGCUUCACCGUCAAGAUGUUCACCUUCCAGUUCUUCACCCUCUUCUCCUCGCUCAUCUACGUGGCCUUCUUUCUGGGGAGGAUCAAUGGGCGUCCCGGGAACUAUGUCCGGAUUGCGGGGAAGUGGAGGCUGGAGGAGGUGAGCAGUCCGCCCUGUGCAGCACCACUGAAACUGUCUGUGGCCUGGCUGGGUUACUGCUGUUGUGUCCACCUGAUCUGCAGUCGGCAGUGGUGUGUUUUGGGGCCAUGCUCCGGGCAGAGUGAGGAGGUGCUUGUGGCCCCGUACAGGAGGGUCAGCUCCGACAAGUCACGUCUCGUCUCGGUCGCAGUGCUGCAGUUCAGCUUCACCACCAUCUUCGUGGCCGCCUUCCCCCUGGCCCCCCUGCUGGCCCUGCUGAACAACAUCAUCGAGAUCCGGCUGGACGCCAUCAAGAUGGUCAGUCUGGAGAGGAGACUGGUGCCCAUAAAGACCAACAACAUCGGCGUGUGGUACAACGUGCUGAAGGCGGUGGGGGUGCUGGCAGUGAUAGCCAACGGCCUGGUCAUCGGCAUCACGUCCGACUUCAUCCCUCGCCUGGUGUACAAGUACCGCUACGGUCCCUGCGCCAACGGGACGGCCACGCAUCUCCAUUGUAUGACCGGCUACAUCAACAACACCCUGUCCACCCACAUUGCCGUCAUCUUCAAGUUCAUAGCGGCCUGGUUUGUACCUGACGUCCCUCUGAAGGUCGUAAACGCGCGACUGGAAGACAAGCUGCAGAGGCUGAAGCAGGAGCUGAGGAAUAUGGAGCACAAGAUGAUGGAGGAGUAAGAAGAAAGACACCCAGGCCACCCCACAUCAUGAAACUCUGAGGUGCAAAGAUAUGAACUUGUUCUUUUUUUAUUAUUAUUUUAUUUGGAUAGUCAGCCCUGCUAUAAAGAGCCCAGAAGACUGAUGCUGGCAGCAGGGACCAAGCUCCCUUGGGGUUUUCAGCUGAAGGCAGGAAAUGAAGUCAUAGGGCUUGAGGUGGCCUCCCUCACAGCAUCAUGGGAGAGCUGCCAUCGGUGUGAAACAGCAGACAGCUGUGAUCCCUCCUCUGGUGGGACUUCAGGCUCCUAUCUGGGACACCACAGAGAACUGUGCUAACAGUGUGGCGGCAGGGUGCUCGUUUCUGGUGUUUCAGGCCACACCGGAAAAGGUUUACAACAGGACCAGAGACGGCCAUCCUGCUUCCACACCCAGCUGAGUGACGCCCAGUGCCAAGCUGUAAUUCCCGCCGAGCAGCGGAGAGACCGGGGUUCGCCUGUGUGCCCUGAGUGAACCCCCAUGACUCCUGAUUCACUGAGUCACAUCCAACACAGGGGGCUCUCAGCUCCUGCCCGUGCAGACGUUUAUAAGUGACAGGGUGACUUUUCAAAGCCUUGAGUGGUGUUUCUUUCCAAGCUCCAGGGAAUCCCCUGCUCUAUUCCUGAAGUCAAGCAGGAGGACGAUCGUCUGUCUCCCCCCCCAGUCUUUUGCUCGUAAUGCAUUUUGUUUCGGUCGCUUGCUCAGAAAAAGGAACGCAGAAGAUACACGCAGCAGAGGACACAAGCAGCCACGCCGGGGAAGUGAUUUUUAAAUCAAGAUCAGAGGGCACUUCUUUACCCAAAGGGUGGUGGGAGUGGGGAACAAGCCCCCCCCAGCCAAAGUGUUGAAGCUGAUACUCUGGCUUCUUCCAAGGCACAGAUCAUUAAUGAUUUACUAACAGACAGGCUAGAGGGGCAGAAUGGACUCCUCUCGUUUAUACCUGUCUCUUCAUUAAGGGAUCUCAUCCAGUUGGAGAGGUCGGGUUGUAGAGAGAAUUAACUCUCUCUGGAUGGGAAGCUGUCCAGGUCUGUGAGACAGUGCUGACCGACGAGGGGCACUAUAUCGAAUCAGAGUCCACCACCUCACCUGUCUCUGCCCUCAUCAGAUCGCUCUGCAUCCUGACCUCUGGAUAUUAUGGAAGCAACAUCAGGUUCAGUUUUUCCACACGUGUAUUUUCGCACAAUAUGCUGAAGCUUUUCUAUGUAGCAGGCUUUCACCGUGGAUCAGCAUUCUGUAUUCCAAGAGUGUCUAGUAAAGAAACAGGGUUUUUUUUACAUA